AUGCACGGAUACAAGGUCCUCCUCUUUGCGACCCUCGUGCUCCCCAUCUUCGCCGUUCCCCUUCAAGGCUCUACCAUUCUGCAGAAAGACCGAGUAGCCGAACGAAACAACGACCUUGUUGGGGCCACUAUCCUUCCCAGCCCACCGGAGCGAGAGCCUAUCAUCAAUCUGGUGGAGCGAGCCAGGCGUAUCGGCGGUAGUGGCUUUACCCCCCCGAAGAGGUCGUUAGAGGAUGUCGAGAAGCGAAAGAAUCGUCCCAAUGGAGGUGGGUUUGGCCUCCCUAAAAGGCGUCUAGAUAGCCUAAAGACCCAGGGGAUAACUCGUCCUGUUGGCGGCUGGGAGGCUCCGCCUUCAGAAGACAGGCUCGAGACACGUACAAAAAGUCGUACUGGCCAAGGCUGGGAUAAUGGAAGUCAAGGGAGCCACGAGGCACGCCAAGAGGCCAGCGACGAUGAGGAUCUUGUGGACGAAGUCGAUGUCGAUGCUCUUGGCUUUGGUGGAAGCAAGAGGGGUCUACGUGGUACAGGCGGUUCUGGCGGUCACAAGAGAGGGUUGCAACUUCCUGGUAAGGGAGGAGGUGGCAAGAGGGGAUUAAAGUGUCCUGGUAGCGGAGGAAGUAAGAGAGGGUUGACCCCUGCCUGUGGAGGAAGCAAGUGA